CUAUUCAUUAUCUAUGACUUAUUUGUGUACAUGUCAUAAAUAAAAAAUAACCAAAAUUUUGGAAAUGGAUGAAUCAAAGGGGCCGAUCUUGUACGUCUUAGUAAUAGGAUUUCAUCACAAGAAGGGCUGUCAAGUGGAAUAUUCUUUUCCCCCUCUUGUCCCUGGAGCACCAAAUGAGUGCCCGUCCGGUUGGAAAUACUUGCCUACGUUAGCCUUGCCCGAUGGAUCUCAUAAUUAUCAAGAAGAUACAGUAUUUUUUCAUUUGCCUAGCUUAACAAAUCCUAAACAAACAGUUUAUGGAAUUUCAUGUUUUCGUCAAAUACCCAGUGAGAAAAUUAAAAAUCGUACCUCGGAUAUAACUAGAGGUACUGUACAAAAGUCAGUUUGUGUCCUCAGCAAAAUACCUCUAUAUGGACAAAUUCAAGUAAAAAUGUCUCUGAUUACCCAUGCUUAUUUUGAUGAAGGAGAUUUUAGUAAAGUCUCAAUUUUGGAGGAUACAUACCAACACUUGAAUGCUGUACUAACGCAAAAUGAUACUGGUCAACAACUAUUUGUAGGAUUAUCUGCUAGAGAUUUUGUGUUACAAUGGAAACACAAGGCUGUCCUGUUAUUUAAGUUGCUGCUCUUAGAGAAAAGAGUGAUUUUUUUUAAGUCACCCGUGCUUCCUCUUUGUACAACCAUUUUAACAUUGGUUUCAUUAUUUCCUGAAUUAAUUGAUAAGGGACUUCAUCAAUCAGCAUGCAUAAGGUUGUCUAGACCAAUGUCCCCUAUGCCGGAAUUUUCAGAUGAAGAAACGCCAGUUACUACUCCUACACAUGAAAAAUCUUGUUUCAAUGAUGAUUCUAAUAAAAAAAUUAUCACAGAUGAUAAUUUAACUUCCGAAUCAAGUGCAUAUGAAAAUCAUACAAAUAGUCAUAACAUUGAAAAUGCAAUCGAAAUAACUGAAACAACUACCUUGGACAAAGAUGAGAAUGAAACUAAUGGCGUCUGUACUGUGGGAGACAAAAAUAACAGCCUUAGAAGAGAUGGAAGCUCUGAUACAAUUACAGAAAACAUACAUAAUCUGGCAUAUUUAGCCCAAACCAACACUCAGUCCUGUGGUUUUCCCCUGCCUAUAUUCACCAAAGGCUCAUUGUGCCUGCCAUAUUUAUCACUGCCAUAUUUAGAUUUACUGACAGAUAUGAAUGUUAGAAGUUACAUUGUGGGAGCAACUAAUGUUUUAUUCAAGCAAAAACAUCAACUUUACGACAUCCUGGUAGAUAUAGACAGUAAUAGAAUAGAAUGUCAAGAUUUUAACUUGAGAAAGUGUCUACAUUUAACGACUGAAGAUUUGAGGUUUGCCGAUUAUAUAGUGAAACAUGUAACUGAAGAGAAACAUGACGUGUUUCUCGAUGGAGUAGGAUGGGAGGGAGGUGAUGAGUGGAUUAGGGCUCAAUUUAAAAUUUAUCUAUUGUGCCUUCUACGGACUUCUCUAUUACAAGAUUCCUUAAGGGAACUGGAACAUUUUAAUUCCUGCUUUGUAACAGCUUGGAGAGAAACUCACAACUAUAAAAUAUGGUUCAGUGGGAUCAAUCCUGGCAUUUUGAAUUUUGGAGUUGGCCAUCCAUUUGCUGGACAGUUGUCUGUAGCAGAUAUGAAACUUCGAUUUUCACACACCAUGCAGAGUACAGAAAGUGGUAGAAAAAUUAACCAAGCAAUGUCUUCGACAGGUAGAGCAGUAGUAACAACAGGAAAAGCUGUAGGCGGUGCAAUUUCUCAAGCAAAAGGUGCAUUCUCGAGCUGGUGGAACAAUUUACUGAUUAAUCCUGAUAAUUCUCUUGCCAAACAGGGUGAAGAUUCUGAAGAACUUGCAAAUCAAGAUGUAAACAAUACUGAACAUAAAAUGGACACAAACCUGAGAGAGUCAGAUAAUUUUGUCAUUCCUACCAAUAGUAUUAAUGGUAAUUUAGGGACUGAUAGUUGUAACAGCAUAGAAUAUGUUGCGAAAGAGAUACACCAACCUGGCGAAAUACAUACAGUUUAGUCCUUAUGCUUGCAAUUGCAACCCUCAGUAAACAUAAUUUGGUAACUUUUAGAUAGAAAAGUGCAUUAUAAUGCUUCAUUUGGUGAAUGUUAAUGAAUACUAAAGCUUGUUUGCUAAAUAUACAGCAAAAAAAGGUCCUUAUGUUAAAAUAAAAACAUAACAUGUUAGAGCAAAUAUGCAAAAAUAGUAAGAAAAAAAUAAAAAUAAAAAAUCACACUUCCAUUAAUUCAUUCAUGCGUUUGCUCAUAACAAACAGCAGUACAAAAAUGUUUUAUCUAUAUUUUUUAUAAUAUAAUAUUUAUUUCACCGAAUAUACAUGAGUGAUCUUUUGAACACAUAUGUACAUUUUUUUGCCGAAUGUUUAGUAAACAAUAGUAUAGAAGAGAUUACUGUUCUCAUUUUCAUUUUCUGAGAAUGCCUAAAUCAAAAUGAAAAUCCAAAUGCUAAAUAUAACUUUUCUAUUUAAUGAUGCUAAUAUUACAUAGCAACCUGUAGGGUUCUAUUUCCCAUUUGUACAUGCAAUAUGUAACUGCAGUUUGCUAAAGCAACCACUUGGAUUUCAUUGACACUAUUUUUAUUUUGUGUUUCUUCCAGAAUACACUGUUGAAACACUUUUGUUAUCCACUUUAAAAAUACCUGGUGCUAUGUAGGUAGCCAAAUUUUUCAAAAUUUUCAUGAUAAAGAUUAUAUAUUAUUAUUUAUCAUUUGUCGAUUAAAAUUAAAUAAUUUUUAUUUUUUUACAAAAAUCAAACAAAAUAGCAAUAAAACGGUUAAGUGGCAUUAAUGAUGUGAACUUAAUUAAGAACAAAUUUUUAUUUAAAAAAAAGUCUUGCAAAAAUUUGACGCAAUGUAUAUUGGAAAUUAGCAAAUACAAGUAUUUACAUAAAGUUUUCCUCUUAAAAUCACAUAAACAAUCACCUCAUGAAGUUCGGCCACCUACAACACCCAGCAUGUGAUUAUUGUCACCUGAAGCCUUGCCAGUUAUUUAAAAUGUGUUGCAUAAUUUUCCAGGGUGGACGUUCUUAAAAUUUAGAUUUAGUUCGGUGGUUUGGAGCCGGAAGAGGGUGUUUAAGAAUAGACGCACAAAUUUUGUAUAAAAAUGUUUGAUGUUACCAAUUAAUUUGUAUAGUACAAAAAUACCCUGCAUAAAAAGAGCUAUCAAACUAGACCCGCAUUAAUAUUUUUUCUCAACAACUCUCGAUUUUCAGUAUUUAAUGAAUAUGAUCUUGAAUAUUUUUUCCAAAGAGUUAGGAACGAAAUAGCAAUGUCUUAUUGUAUUGUGUGAUUGUUCUUGGUCCAACCACCAUAAGCAACAAUGAAAUUGAUUGAUAAAAAUAAUUAUAUUUAAAACUAUACUGUACCAGAUAUUUGGUUAUAAUUUAAUACUUCUCUUUAUUAUAAGUUAUUUCAAAAAAUCUUAAACACGAUAAUGGUAGAUGUUCAGUAAAAUUAAGGAAAUGUACAGACUGUUAAAUUAAUUUUUUGCUAGAAACAACUAUGUGCAGUGCAUGUUUGAUAAACUAAAAAUCAAUCAAAAGCAUGCCAAGAAAGUCGAAUGGACUGAUAUGAAAUCGUCCAAAAUCAUAAUUGGCAAGAUAUCAAAAAAUAAACGAAAAUAAAAAUUACUUAACAUUUCCUUUUAAGCAGUCUCAAUAGUUUUGGUAUCUUUUGGUUAGUUUUGGUUUUUCGUUGCCAAUCGCUAUAAUAUAAUAUAUAUAAGUUUCAGAGAUAUCAAAUAAAUUAUUAUUGUAUUUACAGUUUAAAAUUGUAACCGCAAUUAUUAAUUAUUAUUUAAAAAAACUCUAACAUAGCGCCAUCAACUUUAUGGUAUUUUAAUGAGUAAAGUUGUAUUUGUUUAGAAAAAUAACGUAACCAAAACUGCUCAAUGGUGAAAUUUACAGUUUUGAGAUAUGUCUUUUAGCAUGCAAGGCAAAAAUAUUGUAUAUGGUUGUUUUUGAAAUAUUUCUGGUGGUCCAGGACACUGCCUACCAAUUUUGUAUUUACCGUAGGUGGGGUGCCAAAUUAUAACCAAAUCUCUCUACAUAUAUACAACUUACUUUACAAUGAUCAAAAGAGCAGGUUAAAUUUUGUUAGGGGAAAUUUCUUUAGUCAACUUACAUUACUUCCUUGAUGUGCUAAUGUAAUUUUAAUAAUUUGAGCAUAUAAAAAGGGCACUUUAUUGAACACUAUUUUGCCUUUUGUAGAUUUUGUAUAAACUUUGUUAUAUAUUUGUUAUUAUUUAUUUAUUUAUAUUUUUAAGAUUUUAUAUUUUUUUGUUUAUAUUUUGUACUUAUUCUUCUGGGUGGGACAUUUCAUAAUAAAAAUAAAAAUAUAUUGGAAAAUUACCUUUAUAUUAUGAAACAUAUUGAAUUUCCUAUACUAGUUUAAGUGAACUAAAUGAUAAUGUACUAAUUUUAUGGAAAUUUGGAUAUUGUAUAUGUAUAAUGUUCUUAAAUGGUUAAGGUUAAGGUUCAUGUUUAAAAACAGAUCGUCCGAUCCAUUUAAGAAUUUUAUCUUCACACCAUUACUAGAAGAAAAAAGUAGGCAAAACUUCUCAACUGUUACGCAAAUAUUUAUUGUAUAGUAUUUGUUAUUAAAAAUAAAUUUG